CUGUCAAUUUGAAUUUUGAAAUAGGUGUCAAAAUAAAUAAAAAUACGAAAACCCUGUUUUUCUGUUAUUCCUUAAUAUUUUAAUAUUUUCCAGCGGUUAACAGAAUAGUGUUAAAACAAGGAGAUGGUUUGUAAGAACUUCUAUAAAGGCAAAUACUAUAUAACAUAUAAACGUGGAUUUGAAGAUUGUAAAAAAGAUGUUAUUAUUACUAUUGACAAGUUGUUUGAGAACGAUAGUUUGAUUUUGACCUUAUCAGAUGACGAAGAUCCAUGUUUCUUAUUUAAAAUUUGUAUAACUAGAUGCGAUUAUGAAGAUUUGAAAAAACAGCAAGGACUUCUGAUAGACUUCGAUAAUUUUCCGUCUCAAAUAGUCAGGUUAUUGCAACAAUGUGCUUCCAAUAACAUGUUUUUAAUUAUUCACCAAUUAAAUCCUAUCAAAUACAACUUUGAAAUUGUUGAGCAUAAUGAAUUCAAAAGAUUGGUUCAUUUAUCAUUAAGUACUGGGCCGGCAACUGAUUCUGACAUAAAACAACAUAUGUCUGAAACUAUCUCCAAUUUAAAGAAAAAUUUAGCGGCAGUUAAAAGUUCAUCAACUGGUACUGAGGCAAUGUUAAAUGACAAAAUACUUAAAAUGGAAGGAAAGAUUCAAGACUUAACACUCACAGUGUCAAAGAUGGAAGAAGAUAAAUUACGACGAGAGACAGAGUUUUAUGAAUCUCUGAAAAUAGAGAAAGAUAGAUUAGCUCAGGAAAAGGUUCAAUGGCAAAAAACAUCUGAUCUCAAUACAAAAACCCUAUUGGCAAAUUCUCAAGAAAAUUUAAGCAAGAAAGAUAAGCAAAUUGAUGAUUUAAAUGUACUAUGUAAACAACUUCGCGAUAAUAUAAAUCAACUAGAGAACCAGUUGGGUGAUAGAAAUCAGCGAAUUAAUUUCAUAGAAAAUGAAGUGCAAAAAACUCACAUUGAAGUUGCAACUUUACGAGCGAAAAAUGUUACAUUGGAGCGAGAAAUUAUUGAAAAAGAUAAACAAAUAAAUCAAUUGCAAUCACGGUGUACCUAUUUAGAAAAGGUCAACAAAGAGAAUAGUGACAACAUAAAGGAGUUGCAUGAAGCUGUUGGAAUAGCAAAAAGGGAAAAGGAAAACUUAGAAAAGAGAUUAUCAUUAAGUGAAUCUCUGGCAAAUAAAAAUAAUGAUGCUGCCCAUUCAACAGCAGAGCAACUUUUAAAAGCAAAUCAAAUUAUAUCAAAACAAACUAAUGAGCUAAUUGAAGUAAAAGAAAAGCUCUUAUGCAGGACAGCAAUAGCUUUAGAACAAGAGAAAGUUAUCGAGAGUUACACAAAAGAAAUACAAGACUUAAACUCAGAAAUUGAAUGUACAAAAGAUGGGAUGACCGCUAUGAAAAAUGAAUUAGAAAAUCUUAAAGAGAAAUGUGAAAGUACUGCACAAGCAUUAAAAGAUAGAGACGAAACUAUUAAAAAUAACAAUAUGGUUAUACAAUGGCUGCAUAAGAAGAUAGAAGAUCAACAACCAAAUUCUGACAGGCAAAACUUUGGAGUACAAUCAAGUAGUUCAACUCCAUACUUUGUACAAAGAAAUAAUCAAGAAAAUAAUACUUUACAAGAAUCAGAUGAUACAAUCAAUUUUUAUGCAACUUCAAGAACAUCGAGUCUGAACGACAGUCCUCAAGUCGAAAGUCCACAAAUAAGAUCUAGAAAAUCGGGCUUAGAUCCCAAAUACUUGCAACCUGUUACAAAGGAUGAACAGACACAAAAACCGAAAAGUACAUUAAGAUCUGACACAGCUUCAUCAAGAAGUCAGAAAGGGAAGGAGAAUAAAAAUGUAGAUCUGCCAAAAGUGGUUUAUAAAGAAAAGAAAUCUUCAAGGGCGACUUACAGGGCAACACCAGUUUCCGCAUAUUUCCCAUAAAAUUUCUUUUUUAAAUGUGAAGAUUUACGUUUUUUUAGUAUUAGUGUAAAUAAAUAGUGAGUAAUUAAA